GAGAAAAGGAACGAGACGAGACUCGAGAAGGAGAGAAAAAUAGCGAAGUGGAAGAAGAGAAUGCCAGGGAGCUUAGAGCCAUUGGAUAUAGGGAUUCAGAUCCCAUACCACUUCAGGUGCCCAAUCUCUUUAGAGCUGAUGCGUGACCCAGUCACCGUUAGCACUGGCCAGACUUACGAUCGAUCUAGCAUAGAGUCUUGGGUCGCCACCGGCAACACCACCUGCCCCGUCACCCGAUCUCCUCUCUGCGACUUCACUCUCAUCCCCAACCACACCCUCCGCCGCCUCAUCCAAGACUGGUGUGUCUCUAACCGCUCCCUCGGUGUCGAACGCAUCCCUACCCCAAAACAACCAGCCGAUCCAGCCCUUGUCCGCACCCUCUUGGCCCAGGCCUCCUCCGAUUCCAUUCCUCCUCACUCCCGUCUCUCCGCUCUUCGCCGCCUCAGAGGCUUUGCUCGUGACUCCGACAAGAAUCGAUCCGUCAUCGCCGCUCUUAACGCACGUGACCUCCUCAUUUCCAUUGUCUUUUCCAACGAAUCCGACGAUCUCACCCACGAAUCGCUCGCGCUUCUCGUUAUGUUCCCGCUUGCCGAACUCGAGUGCGAAUCCGUCGCUUCACAACCGGACCGCAUCGCAUUCCUUGCUUUCCUCCUCUCCAAUUCCUCCAUUGAAGUCCGAGUCAAUGCGGCGGCGCUCAUCGAGAUGGUGGUUACGGGGACUCAGGCGGUGGAGAAUCGGAUCUUGAUUGGGAGCACCGAAGGCGUACUAGAAGGAAUAACGACAAUCUUGAAACAUCCAUUGGCGUACCCGAGAGCACUAAAGGUCGGAAUAAAGGCUUUGUUCGCUUUGUGUUUGGUGAAGCAGAACCGAACCAAGGCGGUCUCGGCCGGAGCGGUCGAGGCACUCAUGGACCGGUUGGCCGAUUUCGAGAAAUGCGAUGCAGAGCGAGCUCUGGCAACGGUGGAGCUGCUUUGCCGAGUUCCGGCGGGUUGCGCAGCGUUUGCUUCACACGCGCUGACGGUUCCGAUUCUGGUCAAGAUCAUACUGAAAAUCUCGGACAGGGCAACGGAGUACGCAGCAGGUGCGUUGCUGUCACUGUGCUCGGCGUCGGAGCAGUUGCAGAGAGAUGCGGUAGCUGCCGGAGUAGUGACGCAGUUGUUGCUGCUGGUACAAAGCGAUUGCACGGAACGAGCCAAACGCAAGGCACAGAUGCUGUUGAAGCUUCUCAGAGACUCGUGGCCUGAUGAUUCCAUUACCAAUUCUGACGAUUUUGGUGGCACUGAUGUUUUCCCCUUUUGAGAUUCCAAAAAGAAGGGAAGUGAAAGAGAGAAAUUGGAAAUUCAGAAUAUUGGUAUAUAGACAAACAGAACAAUUAGAAUAUCUUCUGUAUGUAAUUUUUAGAUUUUGUAUGUAAGAAUUUUUGUUCUUUUCAUUU